AUGACUGGGCUCCCCCUCACUCACUGCCUGCCCUGCGCUGGCCCAGACAAGCAGCACGAGGUGGAGAUCCCCGCGGCGCUGGCCAAGGACAAGGAGAAGGAGCGGAGGAAGCGCCCCAUGUCCCAGAUCAGCGGUGUCCGGAAGCUGACGCACGGCUCCAGCCUCGCCACCGCUGGCAUCCCCCGCUUUGGGGUGCGGACGGACCAGGAGGAGCUGCUGGCCAAGGAGCUGGAGGACACCAACAAGUGGGGGCUCAACGUGUUUAAAGUUGCCGAGUACUCAGGCAACCGCCCGCUGACGGUCAUCAUGUACAGCAUCUUCCAGGAGCGUGACCUGAUGAAGACCUUCCGCAUCCCUGUCAACACCUUCAUCACCUACAUGCUGACACUGGAGGAUCACUACCACGCCGAUGUGGCCUACCACAACAACAUCCAUGCUGCUGAUGUGGCUCAGUCCACCCAUGUCCUCCUCUCCACGCCCGCACUGGAGGCUGUCUUCACGGACCUGGAGAUCAUGGCUGCCAUCUUCGCCAGCGCCAUCCAUGAUGUUGACCACCCCGGUGUCUCCAACCAGUUCCUCAUCAACACCAACUCAGAACUGGCACUGAUGUACAACGAUGCCUCGGUGCUGGAGAACCACCACCUGGCUGUGGGCUUCAAGCUUCUCCAGGAGGAGAACUGUGACAUCUUCCAAAACCUGAGCAAGAAGCAGAGGCAGUCACUGCGCAAAAUGGCCAUCGACAUGGUGCUGGCCACAGACAUGUCCAAGCACAUGAAUCUGCUGGCGGAUUUGAAAACCAUGGUGGAGACCAAGAAGGUGACCAGCCUGGGGGUGCUGCUGCUGGACAACUACUCCGACCGGAUCCAGGUCCUGCAGAACAUGGUGCACUGUGCCGACCUCAGCAACCCUACGAAGCCGCUGGAGCUGUACCGGCAAUGGACCGACCGCAUCAUGGUGGAGUUCUUCCGCCAAGGUGACCGAGAACGGGAGAAAGGGAUGGAGAUCAGCCCCAUGUGCGACAAGCACAUCGCUUCCGUGGAGAAGUCCCAGGUGGGCUUCAUCGACUUCAUCGCCCACCCGCUGUGGGAGACGUGGGCAGACCUGGUGCACCCCGAUGCCCAGGAGAUCCUGGACACACUGGAGGACAACCGGGAAUGGUACCAGAGCAUGAUCCCACGCAGCCCGUCCCCACCACCUGAGGAACCCGGAGCGUCCCCCGCCACCACUGACAAGUUCCAGUUCGAGCUGACGCUGGAGGAGGAGGAGGAGGGUGAGUUGGACACAGAGCCAGAGGGAGCUGAGAGCCCCUUGGAUGAAGACAACAGUGGCUCCAAGACACCAGCCACAGAUGACUCGGAGUUGGCGGACAUCGAGCACCUGUCACCGGGCUCCGGAGACCAGGACUCACCUGUCACCCGCCCCAGGGACGUGGACAACCGACGGGCGCUGGAGGAGACACUGCCAAAGGGUGGUGGUGGCAGUGGGCGCUCGGAGCCAGGGUCUGAGGGCAGCCAGGGGCUGUGCCUGGACAUGGAGGGCAACGUCACAUUCCUGCCCCUGGGCACGUAG